GGCACGCCUGCGCAGAGACGCGAGCCCGCUGACAGAUUCUCGAAGGCGGCGGCAGCGGCGGCGGCCUUGGGCCGCGGGGAAUGGGAAUCCUAGGACCCUGACUGAGCACCGCCCCCGCCUCCCUGCCGCGACAUGGCUCAGGAGAAGAUGGAGCUGGACCUGGAGCUGCCCGCGGGCACGGGCGGGAGCCCGGCGGAGGGCGGCGGCCCGGGCGGCGGGGGCCUCCGGAGGUCUAACAGCGCCCCCCUAAUUCACGGCCUCAGCGACUCCUCGCCGGUGUUCCAGGCCGAGGCGCCCAGCGCCAGGCGGAAUAGCACGACGUUCCCGAGCCGCCACGGCCUGCUGCUCCCGGCCUCGCCGGUGCGAAUGCACAGCAGCCGCCUGCACCAGAUCAAACAGGAGGAGGGCAUGGACCUGAUCAACCGAGAGACGGUCCACGAGCGCGAGGUGCAGACCGCAAUGCAGAUAAGCCACUCCUGGGAGGAAAGUUUCAGCCUGAGUGACAACGACGUGGAGAAAUCCGCCUCCCCAAAGCGCAUCGAUUUUAUUCCGGUGUCUCCAGCACCGUCACCCACCCGGGGAAUUGGGAAGCAGUGUUUUUCACCGUCCUUGCAAAGUUUUGUGAGUAGCAACGGAUUGCCUCCAAGCCCGAUUCCCAGCCCAACCACCCGAUUUGCUACCCGGAGAAGCCAGAGUCCCAUCAACUGCAUUAGACCAAGUGUUCUUGGACCAUUGAAAAGAAAAUGUGAAAUGGAAACUGAUUAUCAGCCAAAGAGAUUUUUCCAGGGUAUCACCAACAUGCUUUCUUCUGACGUUGCACAGCUGUCAGACCCCGGAGUGUGUGUCUCUUCCGAUACCCUGGAUGGAAACAGCAGCAGUGCCGGAUCUUCCUGUAACUCACCAGCUAAAGUCAGCACUACCACCGACUCUCCUGUGUCGCCUGCCCAAGCAGCCUCCCCCUUUAUCCCAGUAGAUGAACUUUCGUCUAAGUGAUUCACCCCUCUUAACCCCCCCCCCCAUGGAGAGACAAAAAAAAAAAAAAGGAAAAAAAUUGGAAAAAAGAAAAAGAAAAAAAAAAUCAAGUUAGAGCAAGCACUGAACUUUGUCGAUUAAGUUGAGGCUGUUUCAUAUUUGACUCUUCCCUCUUUUUUGGAAAUUCCUGAAAUGUUAUUCUAGAGAAUUUCUAUGUCAGGUUCCUGCAGAUGCCCUUGAAUUCAGUGUAGUAAUAUUUUCGGACUUUUUAUCAAUAAGUGUGUUGAAGCAUACAUUUUACGCUGCUAAUAUGUCUUAAAUACAUAUGUUAUCCCUUGAUUUUUUAAAUAAUUGAGAGCUCUAUUUAUUUAUGGGAUUAUUAAGUUCUGAUGAAAAUAUAAAUGUUGAAUUUCAGUUUAGUAAACUGAUGUUUUAAAAUUCCAUAGUUCAUGGCACACUAAUUUUUAAUGUUUUCAAUGAUUGCUGUUUUCUAUCUACUGAAGAACUUACCUACUUACCGCUUUAAAAAAAAAAAAGUCAUAUCAGUCCAUUGGUUGUCUUGUUUAACCUGGAGCCCUUGGAUAUUUAAUGUGUUAGGCACAAAAGUGGAUGGGAGGGGAAAAUGAUAAAAGGAGGAAUUAUAACACUUUGCAGCAAAUAUUUUAAAAUUAUAAAGUAUAUAAAAGCAAACAUUUAAGAAGGACAUUUUCUAACGAAAAUUUAAUGGUAACUAUAGUAAGUCACAAUAUAAUAACAAAAAUGAAAAGAUUCUUUUUGAAAACAUUUUUAACCAUAAAGUGCAUUCUUUUGACUAUAAUCCUAAAUGUGCAAUGGGACAGUGCCUUGUAGUCUCAGCUCACAUUAGAUAGGCAACAGCAAGGCUCUUGCUACCGUUUCAAACAUUUGUGAAAUGUAAAUGUGCUGGAAGCCCUGUUGAGUGUUGGGAGAACACCCAGACAAUAUUCUCUUAAUCAUUGGUAGACUUUAAGCUAUCCAGUCAUGUCUCUAUUCUUAAAAUGUCUUGCCAAUGAGAAGCCAGAGCAGCAUUUGGCUGCUUUUCUGCUCUGCCUAUCUGUCACCUUCAUACUUUUCCCUUAAUCAGGAAGGAAGCAACUGUUUCCUUGCCAACAGGUAUUUCCCGCCUCCUGCCAAGCUAGGGCAUGGUUAGACAGAGGUACCUCUGAGUUGGAUUUCUGACAAUGUGAUACAUCUCUGUGGUUGGAGCUAUAGUAACAGCAUUAGAAAUUUAGUUAGUUAAAGCCUGAUGAUGUGCAAGAGAUCAGUGGACAGUCACAUCCAUAAAUCAUUACUUAGGUUUUUUUAAAGGUGGAAUUGUGGGGUGCUUUUCUUUUACAAUUAAGAUAAACAGUAACUGCUUUUUAUAUUAUAAUUCUUUACAGUACUUCUAGAUAGAUAAGGCAGACAGAUAACUCGAAUGAAAAAAAAAAGGUUAAAAAAAUACUUAAAGAAAGACCAUGACAAAAAUUCCUACUUACUUUUUAGUAGUCGUCGCCUACAGACUUUAACAAUUAUGUGGAAAUUUUACAACUAUGAGAAUAAAUAGAACUGGCCAACUCUUGACAGUUGCAUCAAGUUUCAGUGAAAUGACAUCAAGGGUAAGAUUGUGUCAGUAUGUUGUACUUGUGUUUCCAUCCUGAUUGUUCCUCAGUUUAAACCUACACAUCCAAAUUCCUUUUGGGUACCUUGUGCUGCUUUCAGGAGUAACUUUAUCAGAGUUCACGUCCACACUUACUGUGUUCUCACAGGUCAGUGCCGCCUUGCCUCAUUUCCUAAACUGUAUGCCAUUGACACACUUGAUGCCUUCCUAUUACAUGUAUGUCGGUUAUAGUCUGUCAGUUUCUUCUUAACUAUAUCUCAGAUCCCACUCUAGCUCCCCUGUCACCUGCCUGCCUGUGUCUCACCUCCCUUUGGGCUUGAUGUUCACACUUACUCAAGAAUGACCUUUUUACAAUAUAUUGUUGUUGUUUUUUUUUUUUUUUUUUUCAGUUUCAUACUCAAAAACUUUAUCUUUUAUAGCCCUUAUAGUUUAGACAGUCCUAUAAGUUCUUUAGUGAUCUGGCUGUUCCCUGAAGUGACUUCAGUCCUCUCAUCUCAGUACUCACCUCCUUCCUUCUGCUGAUAGACUACCUGACAACCCUUAAAGGGACUGUCUGUUCUUACAUGUUUACACCUUUAACGUGCGUGCGUGUGUGCGUGCAUGCGUGCGUACAUGUGGAGGUCAGAAAACAGUUUGUGAGUUGAUUGUCUCCGUUCACAGUUCGUCAAAGGAUGGAACUUGGCAGCAGGAGCCUAAAUUUACCCAUAUCAAGCCAGCCUUCUCUGCCUCUGCCCCCGUUUUUAAUUCCACGUGAAUUCUCAUUGAAAACAGUGUGUAUAUAUGGAUUACAAAAUACUUAAGUAAUGUAUAUGUGUAUAUGUUUAAAAACAAGCUUACCUGCCAUUUACUAUGUAAACUUCAUUACUUCUCUGCAGUAACACCUGCUGGGAGUUUGGUGUGCACCCCAUAGAUGUGUUGCUCUGCAUUUGCCUGCAUACAUGUGUGUGUAGGGGCAGGGAAUCAAUAUGCAAUGGCAGCAUUUCUUUUGCCCCAUGUGAAUCACUCACCAAGUCUGACUGAUUUUAUCUCCUGGAAUCUAACUCCUGGUUUCAAUCUCUGCUGCCAGCAAGAUCUAGGCUAUUGUAUCCUUCUUGGACUUCUCUCCCACUGCUCAGCAUCCUCAUUCCCAGCUGCUAUCUGUUGUUUUGCUCAGUUACUCUGUUGGAAUUGUUUGUUUCCUAUUGUUUUUAAGAGUAUACCGAAAGGUAUCAGUUUUGGCUCAGGGACUUCUCAAGGGGCCUCUUCCCUUGUGUUUUUGUCACACCCUCACUAGCUAGCUUUCCUCUUUAAGUUUUUUAAAUUUUAUUUAUUUAUAUGUUGUAUGGGUGUUUGCCUGCAUGUAUGUCUACAUCAUAUGCAUGCCUGGUGUCAGUUGAGGCCCAAAGAGGGCCUCCAAUCCAGUCCUCUGUAACUGGAGUUACAGCCAGUUGGGAGCUUCCACAUGAGUACUGGGAAUAAAAUUCAGGUCCUCUGGAAGAGCAGCCAGUGCUCUUAAACUUUGAGCCAUCUCUCUAGCCCCACUUUCUGCUUUUUAAAUGCCUAGUAUUUGCUCUUACCCAUAUCCUUUGCCAGGUCAUUUUCCUACAAAGCAUGAAAGCCUUUAUAUUCCAUAGCUGCUGCUUUUCUAUGGGUGGUAAAUCUUAAAUAAGCUAAGGUUCUAAGAGUUUGUUUGGUAAUUUACAUCACCAUAGCAACUUCAACCAUUCCUCCUAAGCUCACAUGGACAUUCUCUUCCAAAACACAUUUUUAAGACUCUAGUAUUGCCAGUUCAUAAACUCUGUCCUAAAGCAAUUAACAGCACUUAGUUAAAAGUCCAUUUUGCCAUAUCUAAUAAACUUCUGCGAUAUAUUUUCUUUUAUUGUGGCUGUUAAAAAAAAUAUAUUGUGAAUGAAAGAAAUCACGGUGGUUACCAAACCUGAGGCUGCUGGAUGCUGGGACCUUUAAGCAUACUUAAAAGCGCUUGCCCUCCAGAAGGACCUGCAGCAGGUUGCCUUCUGGUGAUUCACACUGAUUGGGUCAACCCAUUACAUGUCUUACCUCAAGAGACCACUUGAGAUAGUUUACAGGGAAACGGGGAGUCUGAACUUAGGGAAAGACUGAGCAAAGACACUUGCAGCUGUUGACUUAGGUUUGCAUCAGUUUAGAGGUACAGAGCUGUGGGGAAGAAAUGUAUAUGUAUGUAUGUAUGUAUGUAUGUAUGUACGUACGUAUAUGAUCAGUAGUGGAUAGAAUUUGUACUUCCUUCAGUCUUCCAAUUAAUGAGGAACAUAGGAUAUUUGUGGGCAGAGUCAGGAGUGAAUUAAAUACUUAAUGACCUGAAAAUCUGUAAAGGAGAGGCUGAAGAAUGCCUAGGAGGCUAACCAGGCCACAUUGAAUUUCAUUUGGAUAAACACAAAGAAGUGGGUUGAAUUGACUAGGUUUGGGAAUCAGCUAUUUUAGGUACUAGUUAAAGUGUAUUGUGACAAAGUCAUUCCUUGGAAAGUGUAGUUGUCUAAGAAGCCUUGAGGAUGGCCAGAGAAGGGAUGGUAAGUGAUGGACCGCCCUGCCUAUAAAGGGUUUAAUCUUUAUAAUCUGUCAUCCCAAAGUAUGUGGAGAACCUGGUCUCUGUGGCACUUUGCACCGUAUUUUUUUUUUAAACAGAUGAUUUUAUUUAACUAGAAGAGCAGUUCAAAAGGCAAGCUUCCACCUUCAUUCCACUUACUUAACAGACUGUGAUGUCAUACUGCUCCUGACAGCCACGACACAGUUUGUUGACAUCUAAGUAAUUUUUUUUCUGGAAACUUGAAAUAGUCUUUAGAUAAAAUAAAAUGAAGUGCUUUCUGUGCAUCCAGCAUUUUAUUUUUUAGGAGCUAGUUUUCAGUAUGAUCAUUUUACCAUUUAUCUGAGAUGAAUGCCUUCCAGGCCUUUGUCUUCUUUUCUUCUGAUUAUUUCACUUUAUUUUAUGUGCAUUGUUGUGAGAGUGUCAGAUCUCUUGGAAUUGGAGUUACAGACAGUUGUGAGCUGCUAUAUGGGUACAUAGGAAUUGAACCCAGGUCCAUUUGGAAGAGCAACCACUGCUCUUAACCACUGAGCCAUCUCUCCAGCCCCAGGGUCUUGCUAUCUAAAUGGAGAAAUAAAGGCAGAGUGGUGAGGACACUUGCUGUGAAUCCCAAGCUGGAAGCUGCACUGCUGUUUGCAGUCAUUAUGAACAAACUGCAGAGCCAGGUUGCUGUGGUCAGGAUGCAAGGCCAUAACAACAGUGCUAACAAUGAAGGAACAUUGAAUUUAAAUUGAUAGCUGACAUUAUUGUGCGCUUCUGAACAGUUAUUUCCUUCUGUAACUUCCCCUGGAUUCAUGUCCAGCUCACUGGAAAUGGAGAAAUCCUAUUUCUUCUUUUUACCUAUCACCCUUGCUUUCCAAAUCCAGAACACUGAUCCUUCCCUCACAGCCACUGCUUGCUCCGGAUUUGAGAAACCUUGCGUACUUUCUUCAGUGAAAUAAGGCUAUUAGUGCCCAGCAGCCAAGAUUUUCAGAUGACAAUUUUCUCAAGACCCUUUGCCUUCCUGAAUGAGGAAGCCAGAGUCAUCUAAUAACAUAAAUUUUGUUGACAAUAAUUAGUAUCAAUAUUAUAAUUAUUUACAUCUGGAAGAUCUCAGUAUUCAGUGUGUGUUCAGACAUUUUCAUUAAACACACACUGAGAGAGAGAGAUUGUUUAUCCUCACAAAUGUUCUCUGAGGCAAAUAUUAUAAAUUACAGUUGAGAAAAUCACGUUUAUUUUCUCAAGUCCCAUUUUUAAUUUUUUCCCCUUGAGUUUGGCUCCUUUUUGUUUUUCCUUGGUAAUUUAUUUGAUAAGACCCUCCUUCCCAGCUAGUUAGUGCACUUGAUAAUUGUGUUAGUGUUACCACCUCUAUUUUUGAAUCAAAUCAUGUAUUUAUUAAAAAUGACACCUUUCAGUAUCAUUAUUGUGUUAAAGGAAAAUAUCAGGUGAAAUAUUGAAAUAUAUGUAAUAAAAUCCUCCCUAAGCUCUGCAUUUUAAAUUGAUUUCCUAUUUGAAAUGAUAAGAGAUACCCAACUCUUACUCUUAGUUUUUUAUGGUUUUGUUUAAAUGAAUAUAAGAUUUGUUAUUCUGUUAAAUACCUAUUCAUAGAUUUUGUUAUAUUAAAAUUUGAAUUGACUCA